UAGAGGAAGAACUGCCUCCGGCCGAUGCGACGGAAUAAUGGUGCUAGCUUGUUAGCAAGCUGACAGGCUGCCCCCAUAUCUGCUAUAACGUCCUCGAUAGUUCAAAUAUAAUGUCCGAUUUCGACGAGUUCGAAAAACAACUGAGCGAAAACCGACAGGAGCGGGAGAAGGAGCGGCACAGGAAGCGGAGUCGCAGUGGGUCCCAGGGACGCAGUGAGAAGCACCGCAGCUGGAGCAAAGACCGAGGCAGUCGGAGCCGGGAGAAGCGCAGCCGCAGUCGCGACCGCAAGAGCCGUGAUCGCAGGAGCAGCUCCCGCGACCACAAAAAGCACAGCUAUUCUCCACGAAGGACGAGGAAGAAAAGAACAUGCAAGUACUGGGAUGUGCCGCCGCCGGGCUUUGAGCACAUCACCCCAAUGCAGUACAAAGCUAUGCAAGCUGCUGGGCAGAUCCCCACCAUAGCCCUCCUUGCCACCUCCACCACCAGCGGUGUGGCGGUAACGCCCACACAGGUGCCUAUGGUUGGAAGUCAGAUGACCAGACAGGCCCGGCGGCUCUACGUUGGCAAUAUUCCCUUUGGUGUCACCGAGGAGUCGAUGGCGGACUUCUUCAACGCGCAGAUGCGCCUUGCUGGGCUCUCCCAAGCUCCCAGCAACCCUGUUCUUGCCGUGCAGAUCAACCAGGACAAGAACUUUGCGUUCCUAGAAUUUCGGUCAGUGGAUGAAACCACGCAGGCGAUGGCCUUUGAUGGCAUCAUUUUCCAGGGUCAGUCUUUGAAAAUCAGACGCCCACAUGACUACCGCCCGCUACCUGGCAUCUCGGAGCAGCCUGCCUUUCACGUGCCAGGUGUUGUUUCCACAGUGGUCCCAGACUCGCCACACAAACUCUUCAUCGGCGGCCUGCCGAACUAUCUGAACGACGAUCAGGUGAAGGAGCUAUUGACAUCAUUUGGACCUCUCAAAGCUUUCAACCUUGUGAAAGACAGUGCCACUUCACUGUCCAAAGGUUAUGCCUUCUGCGAAUACGUAGAUAUCAGUGCGACUGACCAGGCGGUGGCGGGACUCAAUGGCAUGCAACUUGGGGACAAAAAGCUAAUCGUUCAGAGGGCAAGUGUGGGGGCUAAAAACGCCAACCCCACCGCCAUCAUCGAGACCCCGGUGACGCUGCAGGUCCCGGGGCUGCAUGGACUGCAGAAUUCAGGCAUGCCCACUGAGGUGCUGUGCCUGCUGAACAUGGUCAUGCCGGAGGAGCUGGUGGAUGAUGAGGACUAUGAAGAGAUCCUGGAGGACAUCCGCGAGGAGUGCUGCAAGUACGGCAACGUGCGCUCUAUCGAGAUCCCGCGGCCUGUCGAUGGAGUGGAGGUGCCUGGCUGUGGGAAGAUUUUUGUAGAGUACGUAUCAGCUGCUGACUGCCAGAAGGCCAUGCAAGCCCUGACGGGGCGAAAGUUCGCUAACAGGGUGGUCGUCACCAAAUACUACGAUCCAGAUAUGUACCACAGGCAUGAGUUCUGAUGGCACUGAAGGAUUCGGGGGCGGGGGCAGGUGGAACUUCAGCAUUAUAUAUAGGAGGCCCUGGUGACUCUGCCCCCUCAGCCUCAUUAUGCUCACCAGAGCACUUCACUGCGUGAAAAGUCAGUAUGUUUCCCUUUAUACAGCAAUUUGCAUUACAGCUUCAUCCUCAAUUGUCUACACCCAUUUUUAAACAGCAAAUUCUUUUUUUCUUGUCCUCCUGAAGGUAACAUGUCUGUUUUUUCUCCCAACCAUCAUCCUCUUUGUGCAGUGAAUGAAUCCUAUUGAAAUGAAAAUGUCAAAAAAUAUAUUUAAAAAAAUGAUGCUUCAAGCUGUCAGUAGUAGGGUCACAUUUCUAA